AUGUUCAGCGGGACGCAGCAGAAGUGCAAGGUGUGCACCAAGACGGUGUACCCCAUGGACCAGCUCUCCACCGACGGCGCCGUCUUCCACCGCGCCUGCUUCAAGUGCCACCACUGCAAGUCCACCCUCUCCGUAUGUCCCCUCCGCAGCUACUCCUCGUUUGAAGGGGUGCCCUACUGCAAGCCCCAUUUCGCGCAGCUGUUCAAGGAGACCGGGAGCUACAACAAGAGCUUCCAGUCACAAUCACCCGCGAAAUCUGCGACGGAGAAGCUGACUCCUGAGCUGACCAGAUCGCCAAGCAAAGCUGCGGGCAUGUUUUCGGGAACACAGGACAAGUGCGCCACUUGUGGUAAAACAGCAUACCCUCUUGAGAAGGUGACUGUUGAAGAGAAGUCCUACCACAAGUCCUGCUUCAAAUGCUCUCAUGGAGGCUGCGCCCUCUCGCCGUCCAACUACGCGGCUUUGGAAGGCAUCCUCUACUGCAAGCACCAUUUCUCCCAGCUUUUCAAGGAGAAGGGGAGCUACAACCAUCUGAUCAAGUGCGCAUCGGUCAAGCGCGCAGCAGAGGCGCAAACAGCACAGGCGGCGGCACAGGCAGCGCCGGCGGCAGCUGAAUCCUCCUGA